CUUGAAUCAUAAAGAGCAGCAAAAUCCAUGAGAAAAUAAUCAAAGGACCAUAUUCUAUCUAAUAAUGGCAAUUUUAAGCUCUCUUUCAUGGAUAGGCUUUCUUCUUCUACUCUUUCUUGUUCAUGCUCAAGACCAAUCUGGGUUUAUCAGUAUAGAUUGUGGUAUACCGGAUGGUUCCAGCUACAAUGACGAGACAACAGACAUAAAGUAUGUUUCGGAUUCAACGUUUGUUGAGUCAGGAACAAACAAGAGCAUAGCUCCCGAGCUUAUGACAAACACAUCUCUUGCAAGACAGUUUCACAAUCUAAGAAGCUUCCCUGAAGGUAAGAGAAACUGUUACAAAGUGUGGCCUCAAGAAGGUAAAGGGUUUAAGUAUUUGAUCAGAGCCCGUUUCAUGUAUGGAAACUACGAUGGACUUGGAGAAGCACCACCCGCUUUCGAUCUCUAUCUCGGGGUUAAUCUUUGGGAUUCUAUUUUUCUUGAAAAUUCAACAAGUAUAGUAACCAAAGAGAUCAUACACACUCCCUCUCUAGACUAUUUUCAUGUCUGUCUUGUCAAUAAGAACAGCGGAACUCCUUUCUUAUCGGUGUUGGAAGUAAGAUUCCUGAAGAACAAUACUUAUGAGACUCCUUAUGAAGCUCUCAUGCUUUUCCAGAGAUGGGAUUAUGGCUCUAUUAUUAAUCUUCCUGUCAGAUACAAAGACGAUGUCUAUGAUCGCAUAUGGAUGCCGAGUAGGUUAAAGGACCAUAUGAUACUAAAUACAUCACUCCCUAUUGAUCAAAACCACAACAACCUCUUCCAACCUGCUAGUGUUGUCAUGAGCACCGCUUCAAGACCGCUUAACGCUAACACUUACAUACUUCUGUAUUGGGAACCAGCGGACCCUAGGUUGAAUUUUUAUGUAUAUAUGCAUUUUGCUGAGGUUGAAGUGCUCACAGGAAACCAGACGAGAGAAUUCACAAUUUUUUACAACAAUGAGACAAUACUUGCUGAAAACUUCAGGCCUAGCUACUUGUAUACGGAUACGUUUUUCACUCCAGAUCCAGUAACCGGACCAAUACAUGAGUUUUAUUUUAUACAAACUUCUAUUGAGAUGCUUCCACCGAUCAUUAACGCCAUGGAGAUAUAUCAAGUUAAUGAGUUCUCUCAGUUACCAACUUAUCAAGUUGAUGUCGAUGCCAUGACGAAGAUCAAGGAUACGUAUAGAGUGACGAAAAACUGGCAAGGAGAUCCAUGUGUUCCUGUUGAUUAUUCUUGGGAAGGUCUUGAUUGUAUCGAUAAUGACAACAUUACUAACCCAAGAGUCAUUUCUCUGAACUUAUCUUUUAGUGGAUUGACUGGACAGAUUGAUCCAGCCUUUUCCAAUCUUACAUCCAUCAAAAAACUGGACCUAGCAGGUAAUAACUUAACAGGAGGAGUGCCAGAUUUCCUUGCAAAUUUACCAAAUUUGACUGACUUAAACUUGGAAGGAAACCAGUUAACAGGAAUCAUUCCACAUAAACUUCUUGAGAGAUCAAAGGAUGGAUCACUUUCACUGAGGUACGGUGGAAAUCCGGAACUUUGUUCGUUAGAUUCAUGCGAAAAUACAAAGAAAAAUCAUGGUUACAUAAUCCCAGUAGUAGCAUCAGUGAUAGGACUGCUCCUUCUUCUGACCGUAUUAGCUUUAUUCUGGCAUUUCAAGAAAAGAUCACAGAAAGGUACAAACGAUGCCAUGACCCGUCCAUUGAACACAGCUCAACGAUACUUCAAUUACUCAGAAGUUGUGAGUAUCACAAAUAACUUUGAGAGAGUUCUCGGCAAAGGAGGUUUUGGCGUAGUGUACCAUGGAAUCUCAGAUGGAGAUCAAGUUGCAGUCAAGAUACUUUCUGAAGAAUCAGCUCAAGGUUAUAAAGAGUUUCGAGCAGAGGUGGAAAUUCUCAUGAGAGUUCAUCACACAAACCUGACCUCUCUUAUCGGAUACUGCAAUGAGGGAAACAAUAUGAUUCUUAUUUAUGAGUAUAUGGCUAAUGGGAACUUAGGAGACUACUUAUCAGGAAAAAUGUCAUUUAUAUUGAGCUGGGAAGAGAGGUUAAAGAUUUCACUAGAUGCAGCGCAAGGGCUAGAGUAUCUUCACUAUUGUUGUAAGCCUCCUAUAGUUCACAGAGAUGUGAAGCCAACGAACAUCUUACUAAACGAGAAGAUCCAAGCCAAGAUUGCGGACUUCGGUUUAUCUAGAAGCUUCCCCGUUGAAGGAAGCUGUCAGAUUUCAACCGGUGUGGCUGGAACAAUCGGUUACCUUGAUCCAGAGUACUACUCCACGAGCCAAAUGAACGAGAAGAGUGAUGUUUAUAGCUUCGGAGUUGUUCUGCUUGAAGUGAUAACAGGGCAGCCUGUAAUUUCAUCUUCAAGAAGAGAGAAUAGGCAUAUAAGUGAUCAGGUCAGUUCAAUGUUAGCCAAAGGAAACAUCAAAGGGGUUGUGGAUCAGCGUCUGGAAGAGAGAUAUGAUGCUGGCUCUGCUUGGAAAAUGGCAGAAUUGUCCCUUGCUUGUACAGAGCAGAGGUCUACGCAUAGACCAACGAUGAAUCAAGUCGUUAUGGGGCUGAAACAGAUUGUUGAUGGCAGAGUGAACGAUCAUAAUAACCACGGUGACUCGACCAAGAUCGUUACAGUGAAUCUAAAUUCCGAAAUGGUUCCUCAAGCAAGAUAGAUGAUUUUACUGCGUGUUAAAGAACAAAAACUCUCUCCUUUAUUUUUCACUAGCGGUUUUCACAUGAAACUUAAUUGGUUGUGAAUGAUGUGUAAUUGUUUUAAGGUUGUGGUUUUUCUUCUAUGUUGCAAUGAGAGUAAUGUUUGUGUUGAGGUUGGAAGGAUAUUUUUUUUCUUUUGGUGUUUAUUGAUUGGAAUGAUGCUGGCUUGUUUGGACUAUGUUGGGUUGUUUCCAAUUGUUAGUGACUAUGGGUAUCAU